AUGAGCAGAAGCGAAUAUAGAGGCAAGACAGACAAACUCAGGAUAUUCCAGAUAAACACCAGGAAAUCGGUGGGUGCGCGGGAUGAGUUGAUCAAUAACCUCUCCCCAGAUGACUGGGACAUCGUUGCUAUUCAGGAGCCAGCCCUCAACAAGGUCGAGAAUAUACAAGUCACUCGACACUGGCAAGUCUUUUAUCCAUGUACCAAACCCAACGACAACCAUCCAAAACUUCGCGCGACCACACUAGUCAACGCAAGGAUCAGCCACUGUGUACAAAUCAAUGUCGCAUCCAGUGAUAUACUUGCAGCGCACCUCGAUGGCCAACGACCAAGAGGACAACGACCGCAAUCCAUCUGGCUCGGUGACUUCAACAGACACCACCAGAUAUGGGAAAGCGAGGCCAACAGCAACCUACGCAGCUCAGCCGAAAAGAUCACCCCGCUCCUAGAUCUGAUAGUCGAGCAUGGAAUGCAGCAACUCCUCCCAGCAGGCAUACCAACGCGGAUAGAGAACAAAAGCGAAACCCGCCCAGACAAUAGAGAAGCAGCGAAGAGGCGGCCAAACUACAAGCGAACAAACUGGGAGAAGUUCCAAGAGGGGAUAGAGACAGCCAUUAAAGAGGACAGAACGCUAAGUCUAGAACCAAAAACUGUCGAGGAGCUGGAAGCGGCAGUUGAUGCGCUCACAGGACAUAUCCAGAAUCACCUGCAAGCAACAACCCCAACCAGUAGAACGAACACCUUCCAAAAGCCUUGGUGGACCAACAAAUGCAAAGAAGCACACCGACGCAAGUGUAGAGCAUACACCGAAUCUAGGAGAUGGAGAGCAACACCGGAGCACCCCUCACACCAGACAUACCGAGCAGCGCAAGAGGAUAUGAAACAAGUAGUAAGGAAGAGCAAGGAAGAACACUGGUGGAGCUGGAUAGAGAAUGCUAACGACAGCGACCUAUGGAACAUCAACAGAUUCCAGAAGCGAGGCAAUAGCGACGGCAGCAGAGAACGGAUCCCACCUCUCAAGACCAACGGCAUGCUCACCCAGUCCGAGGAGGAGAAAGCGGCAGUUCUAGCCGAGGCAUUCUUCCCCCCGCCACCAUCCCUAGGACCAGUCCAGCCCACCAGACGUCCCCACCAGCUACCAGAAUGGAGACCCUACACAGUGGAAAGGAUAAGAAGAGCAGCGAGCCACCUCAAACGCGACAAGGCCCCAGGGCCUGAUGGUAUACCCAACGCAGCAAUUCAAGAAGCCCUUCCGUCGAUCAAAACCGUGCUAACAAACAUCUACAAUGCAGCCAUGCGGCUACGGCAUAUCCCAAAGCAAUGGAAAGUAUCAACAACUGUAGUGCUGAGGAAGCCAGGUAAACCCGCGUACAAUGUAGCUAAAGCAUACAGGCCCAUAGCACUAUUGAACACGCUUGGAAAGCUCCUAUCAGCGCUCAUGGCAGAGGAUAUCUCAUACCUCUGCGAACAACACCAGUUACUACCCAAAUCGCAGUUUGGCGGUAGACCUGGUCGUACCACCACAGAUGCGCUACACCUUCCCACGUGCGAGAUCAAGAACGCGUGGAGAAAAGGUAAGGUAGUCAGUGCGCUAUUCCUCGACAUCCAAGCAGCAUUCCCAAACGUUGUCAAGCCAAUUCUAGUGGAGAACAUGAGGGAAAAGGGUAUACCUGAAACGUAUGUCCAGACAAUUGAAGACAUGCUGACAGGCAGGACCUCUCGACUCAAAUUUGACGGAACCCACUCGGAGCUCAGACCUAUCGCAAACGGAAACAGCCAGGGAUGUCCACUCUCGAUGAUUCUCUACCUAUUCUACAUUGCACCCCUCCUCGAGAUCGCCAACAGGGAAGACCAACGCACAAUCGGCUUUGUGGAUGACACCACCAUCAUCGCAAUCGGCAGCUCCUUCACAGAAACACACAGCACGCUCAAAGAGAUGAUGGAGAGACCAGGAGGCGUACUCGACUGGUCAUAUCGACACAACUCGCCGCUCGAAAUCAGCAAGCUCGCCCUGAUCGACUUCACAAGAUCCACCAACAAGUGGACUGAGUCAACGGCACUCACCCUGAAUACCCAUAAUGUCCAUGGCGUCUCAACUCCAGCCAUCAUCUCCCCCAGCAAGAGCUACAAGCUCCUAGGAGUCAUCCUCGACAACCAGCUCCGAUGGAACAAGCAUGAGGAGCUGGUGCAUGCAAGGGCUGUAAAAUGGACAGCGCUGUUCUCACGCAUCCAUAGAACCCUACAUGGCCUCCCCAUCAGAAUGGGACGCCAGCUCUACAAAGCAGUUGCCAUUCCGCGCAUCCAAUACGCAGCCGACCUCUGGUACACUCCACUGCACGCAAGUACCAACGAGACAAAGAGGGCGGGAUCAGUUGCAGUAACCAACAAACUGCAAGGCAUACAACGCAGAGCAACAAUUGGUAUCACCGGAGCACUGAGGACAACCGCGGGCGAUGCACUAGACAUACACAUCAAUUUACUCCCAAUCGAAGUGUCCCUAGGGCUAGCAUGCCGGAAAGCAGCAGCAAGACUUGCAAGUCUGCCCAACACUCACCCGCUGAGCAAGUUCGUCAAACAAAUGUGGAAGGGGAAAGUGCAAAGACAUAACACACCGUUGCACUAUCUAUUCCAUACAGCUGGUAUAGACGUAGCAAGCAUGGAGAAGAUCGACCCCAGCCUCAAGAACCCGAACCUCGCCUACCCGUUCAAGCUGACCAUCGACAAAUCAAGAGAGCUAGCAAUAGAGAGAGACAAGGAGAUCAGUACCCAGGAUGUCGCUAUCUACACAGAUGGGUCAGGAAUGGAGGGAAUGAUCAGUGCAGCAGCGGUACUAUACCGGAAUGGUCGAAGGGUCAAAACAGUACGUUGCCUACUUGGAACCAAUACUCAACACACGGUACACGAAGGAGAGCUGGUAGGCAUUGCGCUAGGCAUCCACCUAGCCAAGUCAAUACCAGCAAAAGUCGCAAAGGUCAACAUCAGCCUAGACAACCAAGCGGCAAUCCAGAGUAUCACCCACCUUGGAGCCAACGCAGGCCAACAUGUCGUAGCAAGAAUAUCAAGCAAAGACCAGCUAAGUGUUCAAAGGGCGUUACGAAUAGAAUUCACAUGGGUACCAGGUCACGAAGGUGUGCAGGGAAACGAAGCGGCGGAUGAAGAGGCAAAAAAGGCAAUCACAGAGGGCGCAAGUGGACUCAGCGAACACCCAAAGUGGCUGCGCAAACCUCUCCCAUCGAAUCUCUCAGCAGCAAAGCAGGAGUGCAAGAGACUUGCAAAGGAAGAGGCAAGGGAGCUAUGGAGCAACUCCAAGCAGUUCAACCGGAUGUCCAAAAUCGACGAGACAAUGCCAUCGGGGAGAUACCUGAAGCUCACAGACAAGUUGCCGAGAAGAGAUGCAGCGCUAUUAAUCCAGCUACGGCAGAUUCACCAUGGUGUCCGCACUGCGGGGAAAGGAACUUCGAGAACCUAA